UUAAAUUCCCAAACUUUUGCACUAUUUACUAAUUGCCCCUACUCCAAACGAAAAUGACCGCUGACUCCUCAUCCCUAUAUAUUACAAUUUCCCCAUUCCAAAUUUCUUCUCAUCUUCUGCAAACCAAAAAAAUUAAUUAUUGUAAUCUGGAAAAUGGCGAGACCUGAUCAAGAAGCAAUCGACACUUUCAUAAGCAUCACCGGUGUUUCUGAAGCGGCAGCCGUUCGAAAAUUGGAGGAGCAUCAUGGCAGCCUCAACGAAGCUGUUAAUGCGCAUUUCACUGAAGGGGAUAGAAACAUAGUCCAAGAGGCAUCUUUUGGUGUUCCUGGGGACAACAUUAUGGAUAUUGAUGAUCCAAUUCAAGUCGAGCCCCCUAGACCACAUUCUUCCUUGCCACCAUUUGCUAGAGAUGUGAAUCAUUCUUCUUCCAUUGAACCCAACUUCAGAACAAGUCUAAUUGAUAGUGUUACUGGUAUUGCGCCAGACAAGGUUAAAGAUGGCACUGGAACAUCAGCUCAGUCUGGUAGUGCUCCUAAUGAUGGUGAUGACGACGACGAAAACAUUCCAAAUUUAGGACGUAUUACUGACAUAGAGGGGCAUGCUAUUCGAAGCAGUUCUGAUCAACAUGGACCAACUGCUCCCACAGUUAUAGAUGUGCCUGACGAUAGCUAUGAUAUAGAGGAGGAGAUGAUACAGGCUGCAAUUGAGGCUUCAAGGCAGGAUGCUGCUAUGCCAAAUCAACAAUAUGACCAUCUGGAUCCUGGGGAUCCCAUUCAGUCCGUACAGUCUAAUAGAGAGGAUGCAGAGAUUUCACAUGCAGUUUCCCUCUCAUUGCAGACUGCAGAGAAGGACGAAGUGCUCGAGGAGCUAGAAGGACAAGUUGGUGCUUCUCAACAGGAGACUCAGAAGUCAUCAUCAGAUGAAAUGGGGAGGAUAACAUCUUCAGAUGGAAGGCUACCUCGGUUGGAGAUAGGAAGUACAUCUGUCCAAUAUGAAAAUGAAGAUGUUGAAGAGAGGCAACUAGUCAGGCACAGGAGAAGGCGCAUGACUUCCAGUUCUACUGACGCAACAAUAGAUGCCGAAGGAGCUGAAGUUAACCCACCUUCAAGUCGUCCGCCAAAUAAUAAUGCUCAUCACUCGGAGGAGCAAAAUGGAGGUGUUUUCCCUUCUGAUGAGUGGGGUGGCAUCUCAUCUGUGGAGCACGACGAAGCUGUAAUGCUUGAGGCUGCAAUGUUUGGUGGAGUACCCGAAGGAAUUGGAUAUCAUUUUCCUCAUGCUCCUCAUCGGAUGAUGCAGAAUGGCUUACACGGAGAUGUGGGUCCUAACCCCUGGAGUAUACCUCGUCCUCCAUCACCUUCUCUUACUGCUCAGAGAUUGAUACGAGAACAACAGGAUGAUGAAUAUCUUGCUGCAUUACAAGCUGACAGGGAGAAGGAAUUGAAGGCUAAGGAAGAAGCUGAAGCUGCUCUUGCUGAAGAGAUACGCAAGGACGAUGAAUUGCGCAGGCAACUGCAGGAAGAAGAGGAAAUCAAGAGGCAAUUAGCAGCAAAAGAAGCUGCCCUUCCUAAGGAACCAACACCAGAUGAUGAGAAUGCUAUCACACUUCUUGUGCGGAUGCCUGAUGGAAGUAGGAGAGGAAGACGUUUUCAGAAGUCGGACAAGCUGCAGUAUCUCCUUGACUUCAUUGAUGUCGGCAGAGGGGUCAAACCAGGAAGCUAUAGAUUGGUGAGACCCUAUCCCAGGCGAGCUUUCAGCGAUGGAGAGAGCAGCUCAACGUUGAGCGAACUGGGUCUGACCAGCAAACAAGAAGCCUUGUAUCUGGAGUUAAUAUAGCAUAUUAAUUAAGACUACAGGUUAAGCGUAACACUCUAAUUGAAAUUCAUGUUAGCAUUUUCGACAGUGAGCGUUUCUGUUGUCUCCGGUAACCAUUGAGCAUGGUCUUAUAUAAUGUGUUACAUGUAUAUGGAUCUAUAUAUUGAUAUACAUAUGAUUGGUAUACCCUAAA